CACUAGUAAACAUCUAAAUAAGCAGUUAAACAUGAAAUAUAGGUAAGGAUGUCAUGCGAUGGAGAAGAAUAUGUCUAACCUUGUUAAGGUAGGUUUAGGUAGGUACCCUAACGGUACCCAGGCAGCUUAGGUAGAUUUCCUCAGUCAGGUAGGUUGAAUUUCCUUGUUGCCCAGUGCACGCAAUGAUGCCAAACCACAAAAAAAGCGCCUCCAUAUGAAUUCUUCAUUGAGAGCAUGCAUGGAAGUUCUGGUCCCCGUUCCAUCUUCCCAAAUCUCCACCUUGGAAUUUGAAUAACAUCUUUUUUUUUUUUUCUUCCUCCCUUUUCCUUUGCUUCCCCUCCUCUUAAGUUCCAUUCUCCCUUUUCCCCCUCUUGAUCAGACCAUCUUCCUGAAUCUCGUACAUCGCGGGGUCACCAAGUACUGAGCUAUCUAGGCUUAAAGAUUUAUUAAAUAUAGUUACAGGUUCUCUCUUGCCUCCCUAUUGCUAUCACUUCGCUGCUCGUUACUUUUUGCGCACUCAGAUCUGCUGCGCCCACCAUAUAUAUCAGAAUGGCUGAAAGCGGGGAGAAAGCUACCCGCGAGGUAAAAAAUCACAUACUCUUUGAGGUCGCAACCGAGGUAGCUCAUCGUGUUGGUGGCAUAUACUCCGUCAUUAAGUCUAAGGCGCCUGUCACUACUGCUGAGUAUGGCGACCGAUAUACGCUGAUCGGCCCUCUCAACCACCAAUCUGCCGCCGUAGAGGUUGAAGAGCUCGAGCCAAGUAACCCCGAACUUGCUGCUAGUAUCGAGGCUAUGAGGAACCGGGGUAUCGGCAUGCUUUAUGGACGAUGGCUCAUUGAAGGUGCUCCUAGAGUAUUGUUAAUUGACACCAAGACGGCAUAUGGAUACAUGGAUGAGUGGAAAGCGGACUUGUGGAAUGUUGCCAGUAUCCCCUCCCCCCCCGGCGACGAGGAAACGAACGAAGCAAUUGUCUUUGGUUACUUGGUUGCAUGGUUUCUUGGAGAGUUCGUUUGUCACGAGAAGACCAAGGCUGUCAUCGCCCACUUUCAUGAAUGGCUUGCCGGUGUCGCGCUACCGCUAACUAAGAAACGGCGCAUAGAUGUCACCACGGUCUUCACUACUCACGCAACUCUCCUAGGUCGGUAUCUCUGCGCAGGUUCUGUCGACUUUUAUAAUAAUCUGCAGUGGUUUGACGUGGAUGCGGAAGCUGGAAAACGCGGUAUCUAUCACCGUUACUGUAUAGAACGCGCAGCUGCGCACUCCUGCGACGUCUUCACCACAGUUUCCCACAUCACGGCCUUUGAGAGCGAGCACUUGCUUAAACGUAAGCCUGACGGCGUAUUACCCAACGGACUCAACGUUACCAAGUUCUCAGCAAUUCACGAGUUCCAGAACUUGCACCAGCAAUCCAAGGAGAAGAUCCAUGAUUUUGUUCGGGGCCACUUCUACGGUCAUUACGACUUCGUGCCUGAAGAUACCCUCUACUUCUUCACUUCUGGACGCUACGAGUUCCGAAAUAAGGGUGUCGACAUGUUUAUCGAGUCGCUCGCACGUCUGAACCAUCGACUGAAGACUUCUGGUAGCAAGACAACUGUUGUAGCAUUCAUCAUCAUGCCUGCGCAAACGACCUCGUUGACAGUAGAAGCACUCAAGGGCCAGGCAGUCAUCAAGUCUCUCCGCGAUACUGUCGACGUGAUCGAGCGUGGGAUUGGGCGUCGCAUCUUUGAACGGUCGUUAAGGUGGCAUGACGGCGAUCCGAUGCCUGACGAGAAGGAGCUCAUUACCAGCGCCGACAGAGUUGUCCUCCGGCGGCGUCUCUUUGCUAUGAAACGACACGGUCUACCACCUAUCGUUACACACAACAUGGUGAAUGAUUCAGAGGAUCCCAUUCUAAACCAGAUACGGCGAGUUCAGCUCUUCAACCAUCCGUCCGACCGCGUUAAGAUUGUUUUUCAUCCCGAGUUCUUAAAUUCGUCGAACCCGAUCCUACCCCUGGAUUACGACGAUUUCGUGCGUGGCACAAAUCUAGGCGUUUUCGCGUCUUAUUACGAACCGUGGGGUUAUACUCCUGCCGAGUGUACUGUUAUGGGUGUCCCCAGUAUCACAACCAACUUGUCUGGCUUCGGCUGCUAUAUGGAAGAACUGAUCGAGAACUCGGCCGAUUACGGUAUUUAUAUUGUGGACCGACGCAAUAAAGGUGUGGACGACUCGGUUAACCAGCUUACCUCGCACAUGUUUGAUUUCUGCCAGAAGAGUCGGCGCCAACGGAUUAACCAGCGCAAUCGAACCGAGAGACUCAGCGAUCUUCUAGAUUGGAAGAGGAUGGGAAUGGAAUACGUCAAAGCGCGGCAGUUGGCCCUCCGACGAGCGUACCCGGGAUCAUUUUCCGGCGACGAGGAAGACGACUUCAUCCCUGGGGUCGAGCAGAAGAUCUCACGGCCGUUCUCGGUCCCAGGUUCCCCCCGAGAUCGCACAGGCAUGAUGACGCCUGGUGAUUUCGCGAGCCUGCAAGAAGGGAGAGAGGGUUUAAGUACAGAAGACUAUGUGGCGUGGAAGCUACCGGAGGAGGAAGAUCCAGAUGAGUACCCAUUUCCAUUGACACUACGAACGAAGAAGUCCAACAUCUCCGGGUCAGCAUCGCCUCUCCAGCUCAACGGGAAUCAGUAAGGGCGAAUAGCUAGGUAUUGAAUAGGUACCGGGAAUAAGGGCCGUGUGUUUCCGGGAAAUGAUAGCUUGUCAGGGUUAGGCUGUGGUUGGGUACCUAAGUUGGUUGGUGCGGCGGGGAGGGAAGUUAAUUGGUGGGUGCAUGUAGUGUUAUAUCCCUUUGGUUAGAAGGGGGGAGGGGUAAACAGAAGGUAAAAUCAUUGGAUAUUGUUUUAUAUAGUGAAUUGCAUAGCAACGCAUUAGCUAGCAGAUAUUAAAAGUUUAUAUCAUACCCUUUUAUUUAA